AUGGCUGGACGAGGAGGGGUCGUUGAGAAAGUUUGGGAUGGCUAUGUACCACCGGAAUGUCGCCGGAAUCCGGCAAUCCUCCGGCUAAAUGGAAACUCAAUAUGGGAAGUAGCCCAAGAGCCUCUACAUUACGACAUUGACCUGAACAAGACUUGUGGUAUAGGACCAACAAUGGUGUUUGCCAAUGAUAUCUUGGAGAAAGACCCUGAAUUCGGGAUCAUAGGGUUAGUCCCUUGCGCCGCUGGAGGGACGAGCAUCGAUAAAUGGUCACAGGGUUCCAGUCUAUACAAUGAAAUGAUUAAAAGAGCGAGAAUAGCCGUGUAUGGUGGUGGAACAAUUAGAGCAAUUCUUUGGUAUCAAGGGGAAAGAGAUACAUUAACUUGGGAAGAAGCAAAGUCUUACAAGAGCAAAUUGGAGAAACUUUGUCAGGACUUGCGUAGUGAUUUGAACUCUCCAUUGCUUCCUAUUUUUCAGGUAGCCCUAGCUUCUGGACAAGGACGCUUUAUUGAGGGGGUGAGAGAAGCCCAGCUUGGAAUUAACCUUCCCAAUGUAAUUACUGUAGAUGCUUUGGGCCUACCUUUGGAGCCAGAUGGGCUACACCUUAGUACUCCAGCCCAAGUCCAACUUGGAUAUAAGUUGGCUCAUGCAUUUAUCGAUUUUAAGGUUAAGAAUCCUUCAUCUGUUCUGGGUCGAUGCGAGCACGUGUCGAUGUACAUGUGCUCUAUAACAGAGGGUCAUCUCGAGGCCGUCAGAAAAGACUGCAACUGGGGUCCCGAGGUUGUGUUGCAGAUCCCAUCUCCCGAAGAGAACGCCAUCACUCAUGUGGAGGGGCCAUUAGUAGGUUUCGAGUCAAUCUCAGUCAGUGUGAUGCCGAGCUUCAGAAGGUCUCGGGUUGAAAAGAUCGGGUUACUUCGGGAAGAAGUCAAUCAAAUCAAAGCCAAAUGUAAUCGAUGGAAAGAGACUAUCGACCGCUUGGCUGCGGAAAAGGAAACCAUUUUGACCAAAUUACUAUCGGCCGAUGUUCAGCUUCGAAGCGUCAAGCAAAAGGGGUCGGCUCAGGCUAAGGGGAUCGAGGAGCUUGAAACACGUCUUGCUGAGACCAAGGCGUAG